AUGAGGUUUCGCUUCUGCGGAGAUUUGGAUUGUCCAGAUUGGGUACUUGCAGAGAUAAGUACUCUUUCAAAAAUAACGUCUGUAAAGAUGAGGCUUGUUUGUGCUCAGAUGAUCAAAGAUUUGUUGGGAGAAGAGAUCGACUACGCCAAAGUUGAGAAGUUGACAUCGGAUGCAAAGUAUGAAUUGUCAGAUGUGAAAGCUUCAAUUGCAGCUCUUUCGUUUAUACUCUCAAGUGCUGCAAAGUACAGCGUGGAUAGCGAUUCAUUAUCUAACGAACUUCAACAGCUUGGCUUGCCUAAGGAACUCUCUACUGCACUCUGUAAAACUUAUGGAGAAAAUUUAACCAACUUGCAAAGUUCUUUCCUGCGAAGUAGUAUAAAGCUGAACCAACUAACUGGGUUGGAGUGGAGAGUGGACUUCGUCUUAGGCUGCAGUGAAUUAAAUGAGAUGGUGGAGCCAGAGGUCCAGCUCAGGUUUAAUGAAGUAGAUAACAACAGCCACAGUUUACGACCUGUAUCAUUCUCCAUGACGUCACAGAAAUUUAGUGUAUUACUUGGUGAACUGAAGCAAGCGCAGCGAAUAAUGGCAGGACUAUGA